UCCGUGGCUUGUUCCGAACACUUCUAUACUGGUAACUUGUAAGCACAUAUUACGCGGGUACCCUAAGUUUUUGAAACUCUCACUUCUCUCUUUCUCUCUCCUCUCUGCAAAUUGCAGAACUCAACCUCCAUUGCAAUCGCCAUCACUUUCUCAACACCAAACUCUCUCUCUUCUCUCUUUUCUCUUUUUCUCUCAUUGUUAAUCCAGAAUUCAGUUGCAAUGUCAGCAGCGAAAAUUAACGGCAAGAAGAAUUCAGAAGAUGAUGCUCUGCAGUCCAGUAAGCGAAAGCGUGAAUUUCCGGUAGAUGAUGAUAUCUUCGACAACGAACUUUCUAGCGAGAUCAAAGGCAUUUUCUCCGCGUUGCAGCAGAUCAGAGAGAAAGCUGAACAAGAUGGCCUGAAGAAGAAGGAAGAAACGAUUUCUAGUGGUGCUGCAGAGGUCAAGUCUAUGUUUGAGGAGUUGAAGGCAAAGAUUGAAAAGGACAGACAGACUUUUCUAAAAGCAUUGUCAAAGAGCUCAAAGGAGUGUGAAAAUGCACUGAAGGAGACUGUCAAGUUCCAAUCAGCUUAUGAGAAAUUCAGCAAAGAGAAAGCAACAUAUCUUCAGGCAAUAAAGGAUACCAUCUCCAAGUUUGAAGAAGAAAAAGAAAGGCUCUUCAUGCGAUAUGAACAACAGAGGAAGAAAGAGAAGAGCAUGAUACAAGAAAGGGAGAAGGCGUGCACCCAGAAAAUCGCCGAGUUGGAGCAAGCACUGAAGAAGAAGAAACAGGGUGACAAAACUUUCAGUCUUCUGAGAAAAACUCUGGGAUCCUUCCUUGAAACUGCUUCAGAUGAGGAGUUUCAACCAGAUGACUAAAAGAAAAAGAGUAUUAUGGUUCAGAAUCCGAGCUCUCAGAUAUAUGAUUUUACCACGUCCAACGUCGUAAUAUAGCCAAUAGACUUUCUUUUUGUUCAUGCAUAAGCCCUGUUGCUUGUGUGUUUAGUGACUGAAUUCUAAUGAAGCAGCCAGAUUGUCUGCCAGUGCAGAAAUAUCUGUUAAUCUUGUCGA